AACAACUCGAGGCAGGUGACCGUGUCCUACGCUUCCUCCCACUCGCCGACGAGGCAACUGUACAGUCUGUACUAGACUCACGCUAACUUGACCUUCAAAGACUUGACAUACAGAUAUGUCGGCGAAGCUACGCGUUGCGUUUGUUCAUCCUGAUUUGGGCAUAGGCGGCGCGGAGCGACUUGUAGUUGACGCUGCCCUGGGCUUGCAGAAACUCGGACACGAAGUCGACGUAUACACGUCACACCAUGAUCCGAACCAUUGUUUCGACGAAACACGCGACGGUACCCUGAAGGUUCACAACAUUACACCACCCUUCCCUCGCUCGUUCAAAGGAAAAUUCCACAUACUCUUCUCUCAUGCUCGUCAACUGCACCUUACCAAACACCUACUCCGACCGACCACACCAAAGUAUGACGUCUACUUCGUCGACCAGUUGUCAACGUGUGUCCCGCUGCUGCGUGCUCUGGGUCGGACACGAGUGGUAUUCUAUUGUCACUUCCCUGACAAGCUUCUUGCCGACGGCGAAUUCGUGGAAGGGAAGGGGAGACGAAGAGGAAGUCUGCUGAAGCGCGUAUACCGCAUGCCCAUGGAUCGGCUCGAGGAGUUCACAACCAGACAAGCCGACGUGAUACUGGCCAACUCAAAGUUUACCGCUCGUGUAUUCAAGACACACUUCGCUUCUAUCUCGUCAACGCCCAAGGUCGUAUACCCUGGUAUCAACUUGUCUGCGUACGAGGCAACCUCGUUUGACACCCAAGACAAAGACAUCCUAGACGUUGCUUCAGACCACCCAACGCUACUCUCGCUGAAUAGAUUCGAGCGGAAGAAGAACGCUGCCUUGGCUGUCGAUGCAUUCGCGCUGCUCCGGAAGAAGCUCACAGAUAGCGAGUCUGCUCAGCCUUCUAACCAGAUGCGGCUAGUCGUCGCAGGCGGCUACGACCCGCGCCUCGAGGACAACAUGAUGACCCUCGUCGCGCUCAUCGACCGCGCCAAAGCGCAUUCACUCUCCUUCAACAUCAUCACGCCCUCCACGUCACGCAUCAACAUCCCGCCCUUCGACACCACCCCCAGCGCGCCCGACGUCCUCUUCCUCCUCAACUUCACCACCGCGCAGCGCUCCGCCCUCCUCUCCGCGCCCUCGACGCUCGCCCUCCUCUACACGCCGACGAACGAGCACUUCGGGAUCGGGCCCGUCGAGGCGAUGGUCUGCGGCCUGCCCGUGCUCGCGUGCAACACCGGCGGCCCGACGGAGAGCGUCGUCGACAGCCCGCCAGAGGAGCGCACCGGCUGGCUGCGCCCGCCCGAGCCCGACGUCUGGGCGGAGGCGUUGACGGAGAUCGCGGGCCUCUCGGUGGAGGAGAGGCAGGCGUUGGCCGCGCGCGCGAAGAAGCGGGCGACGGACUACUUCGGGAUGGAGGCCAUGGCGACGGGACUGGAGAGCGCGCUGAAGGACGCGGCGGCGAUGGGCCCCGUUGUGCUGGACUCUUCGUUGCUGAUGCUCUUCUGGGCGUUCCUUGCUGUGCUUGUUGCGUUCGCAGUGCGGUUAUUCUCAGUAUCUUGAUCGACAUGUACGGCCGUAAUCGCACUCGAUGUGCACACCUAAUGUCAUCCACGUUGCAAUUAGG